AGGCUCCAACCCGCUAGCCUGGUGUGUAUGUGUGAGAUUGUGAUUGCAGGGGCACGCACGCGCCGGCAGGCUGCCUGUGUGCCCAAGGAUGUGUGUAUGCGUGUGUGUGUGUGCAAGCAGCACGCAUACGCAGGCCAGCACGCCUGUGUAACAGGCUCGGUGUGUGUAGCACACUCGCAGGCUGGUCCCGCCGAGCAGAGGGUGCGCAUGCUUGUGUGUGCAGCGCGCGCCCGCCAGCCCGCCUGCUCGCUCGCGCGCCCGCAGAGCUCUCCCGCACACACGCAGCAGGCCUUGGGCAGCUCGCCAGCUCUCCUCCCUAUGCACGCCCAGCUGUUUCUAUAGGAACCACGACGGCGCCGGACCCUUCCAGCAGAGGCCCCUGUGCGAGCAUGCCCAGUGCAAGCUGCUAGUUUGCUAGGCUCUGGUCUAGGUUUCCAGUAAGUGGCAUGCGGGACUCGGGAGAGAUCCCCAAGAACUGAGCUGGGAGCCUUUGUGUGCAAAGGAGGAGGAGGCGGCCGCGACCACCUGGCUGGAGACCCCGCCCGGGCAGUUCCGGGCUGGAACAAUGCUAGCCUGCCUGGCUCGGGGGAACUUACUGGACGUCCUGCAGGAGGGCUUCAAUGAGCAACAGCUGCAGGCCUACGUGGCCUGGGUGAAUGCGCAGCUAAAGAAGAGGCCGGCAGUGAAGCCAGUGCAGGAUCUGCGGCAAGAUCUGCGGGAUGGCGUGAUCCUGGCGUACCUCAUCGAGAUUGUUGCAGGAGAAAAGCUGAGUGGUGUACAAUUGAGUCCCAGUAACCAACAAGAGAUGAAGAGUAAUGUGGAGAAAGUGCUACAGUUUGUGGCCUCCAAAAAGAUUCGUAUGCACCAGACUUCGGCUAAAGAUAUUGUGGAAGGAAACCUGAAGUCCAUCAUGAGGCUGGUCCUUGCUCUGGCAGCUCAUUUCAAACCUGGCUGUAGCAGGACGGUGAGCCAAGGACGGGAUUCCAGAGCUCCUGUGCAGAGUCACCAGCCACACUGCGCUGCUGCUGUGGCCCAGGGAGCAGCUGCUGCUCUGGCCGACGUGUGUCACGACGUGUCCCGGUCGGGAAGGGAUGUCUUUCGCUACCGGCAGAGGAACAGCAGCAUGGAUGAGGAGAUUGAGAACCCAUACUGGAGCGUGCGGGCACUGGUUCAGCAGUAUGAAGGGCAGCAGAGGUCUCCGUCUGAGUCGAGCUGCUCCAGCCUGACUUCACCCAGUCCUAUCCACAGUGCCAAGAGUGAGUCCAUUAUAACUCAGUCGGAGAAGGCUGAUUUUGUGGUUAUUCCACCCGAAGGACUAGCGAACAGAACAGAGGAGACAGAUUCUCCAUUAUCCCGAGACUGGAGGCCAGGGAGCCCUGGAGCUUAUCUGCAGACCCCAUGGGAAGAACAGCUGCUGGAACAACAGGAACAUCUAGAAAGAGAAAUGGAAGAAGCAAAGAAAAUGAUAUCAGGACUACAGGCUUUACUGCUCCACGGGUCCUUACCGGAAGAUGAGCAGGAGAGGCCGCUGGCCCUCUGUGAACCAGGAGUGAACCCCGAGGAGCAGCUGAUCAUAAUCCAAAGUCGCCUGGAUCAGAGUCUGGAGGAAAAUCAAGACCUAAAGAAGGAGCUGCUGAAGUGUAAACAGGAAGCCAGAAACUUGCAGGGGAUAAAGGAUGCCUUGCAGCAGAGAUUGGCUCAGCAGGAUACAUCAGUUCUGCAACUCAAACAAGAACUGUUGAGGGCAAAUAUGGACAGAGAUGAGCUGCACAACCAGAAUGUGGAUCUGCAGAGGAAGCUAGAUGAGAGGAAUCAGCUUUUGGGAGAAUAUAAAAAAGAGCUGGGGCAGAAGGAUCGCCUCUUGCAGCAGCACCAGGCCAAGUUGGAAGAAGCACUCCGGAAACUCUCAGAUGCCAAUUACCAGCAGGUGGAUCUAGAACGGGAGCUGGAGCACAAAGAUGUCCUUUUGGCUCAUUGUAUGAAGAGAGAGGCAGAUGAGGUGACCUACUGCAGUAGUCACAACUCUGAAAGCAAUGGUUUUCUCUUUCCAACGGCAGGAAAAGGAACUACUUCCAUCACCCACAGAGGGAGCAGUGACCUGCAGCUGGUUCGUGAUGCUCUCCGCAGCCUGCGCAACAGCUUCAGUGGUCACGAUCCUCAGCACCACACCAUUGACAGCUUGGAGCAGGGCAUCUCCAGCCUCAUGGAGCGCUUGCAUGUCAUGGAGACGCAGAAGAAACAAGAAAGAAAGGUUCGAGGCAAGUCCCCCAGAGCUCAAGCAGGUGGUGAUUACCCAGAGUCCUGGCCCCCGCACUCAAAAUUGCCUCAUUCUCAGAGCUCUCCAGCUGUCAGCAGCACCUGCACUAAAGUGCUCUAUUUCACUGACCGGUCACUUACACCCUUCAUGGUCAACAUACCAAAGAGGUUGGGGGAAGUGACGCUAAAGGAUUUUAAAGCAGCUAUUGACCGGGAAGGGAAUCACCGGUAUCACUUCAAAGCGCUGGAUCCCGAGUUUGGCACUGUUAAAGAGGAGGUUUUCCAUGAUGAUGAUGCCAUCCCUGGAUGGGAAGGGAAAAUUGUAGCCUGGGUGGAAGAGGAACACGGAGAGAAUUAAUGCUGAGUAUUAGCUCGGGGGCUUGGGAACCAAGUCACUCCCUGGCUGCUUCACUCAGGAAGGAGACUAAAACCAGAAUACACGGAGAUAUUUCUAGUCUGUGUGGCUAAAACUGAAGCUUCUCCAAGUAUAAUGACCACCAGGCAGUCCUGUCUCUGUGCCUGGCUUAUCUGGUACUUAAUAUCCCCAUCCAAAUGUAUGUCAUGGGUUCACCUGGAGUUCCUUGUCUGUGGGAACACAGUGUUCUACUCUGAGGACAACAAACCUAAGGCCUUAACCAACGGGGAUGGAUGAUCUUGCUCCUGUAGGGGCAUGGCUGCUAUUACCUGGAACCUGAGAAUUGGAUGCAUCACUCCUGUGUGUGACAGUAUUAUUUGGCCUCAAUGGUUACAGCAAUCAGAGUCCCAGCAUUUGUACUUACAGCCAAGACAAAGGUACCAGCAUUUCUGCUGCUUUGCAGCUAUCGCAAACCAAGAAUAAAUGAAGAAGUGGUACCAAAGAUGAAGGCCCACUCUUCAGUAACUCUUUGAACUGGACCUGGAUGGUGCUGAAUUGUUUAUUGGAUGGAAAAAGGGCUGCCCAUUUUGUGCUAUACUAUGCUAUAACCGUAAUUAAAUAUGAUUUUAUGCUGCCUCUCUUGGUCUUGGCUGAUUUGGCAGCUUGUUCUUCAGCCCAUAUGGGGGCAUAUUUCAUGGACUGCUAGUUAUCUCUAGGGACUCUUUAACUUUAGAGUCAUUUAUUUUUAUUCAAACUGAUAAACUCUUUGUGUUUGAAAGGAAUAAGGAGUGAAUGUCUCCUUAAACAUCCAGGCGGGUAUGGAAAGGUGCUGCUACCCAUAUCAUCUUGACUUUGUCUCUUUUUUCUUUGGCUCAUGGCAUCUCCUUUACAGCUAAAAGGAGACAGACCAUUAAGUUCAGUAUUUCCUUGUGAUUUAUGAGAACUGAGCAUGACUUACUGGUCUGGAAUCCUCUUUCAAGGCUGGAGUUAUUUUCUAUUAUAUAUUUAGUGUAGGUUGAUCAAAUAGAAACCAUGGGGCAUGGAGCAUGAGUCAUGAAUGGUAGGGUUGAUUCUAGGUAACAAAACCUAGAAUAAUUUCUCAUGUGCAACAUUGUCAAGUGUAUAGCUUCCAGAAAUCACUAAUAACCUGGGCUUUCUCGUUCAUUCCCCAAGAGCCAUCAACCAAUUAGCCAUUUUUAUUUAUCUGUAUUGCCCAUAGCAGUUUGUUUGUGAUUACCAAUGUACACUGCCAAACAGAAGAGUAGGAUGGAUCUGUUUCCAUUUCAACUUCCCUCUAGCCAUUUCAACAACUACUCUUUGAAACUCUGAGAUGACAUCUUGUUGUUUUAUAUAGAUGUCUUUUUAAAAUAGUUCAUGUCUGGAGAAUUCUUUUGUAUUCAUUUUCUUUUUGUCUGAGAACCAUGUCUAUUUUUAUAACUCAAGUGUGAGUUGUAUAUAUUCUCACAUUCAAUUGUAUACUGUAUCCUUAGAGAACCGUAGCUUUUAUACAGUCUCUUCUUACCACCCCUUAUGGCUUCAGAACAAGCUUUAUUUUGUUACUGAUGACAAUUCCAGUUUCAAUUCUACCUGCCAUUUUAUUGUGGUGGGAGUUUUAUGUAAUUCAGUUGAUUGCACCUCCAGCAGACAGGAGCUCAGAAGACACCUGAUGUCUUUCAUCUAAUUUUAUCUGGUCUUUUCCUACUAACAAUGAUAUUAUUUUUUGUCAGAAGUGAUUGGGAGAAUUUGGGAAAGCCAGCCUAAAUUAUGAAUGAUUCAUUUGGAAGUCAGAUAGGAGAUAAUAUAUUGUUUUAUUCCAGGAAUAUAUUGUUUUUGGUCCAGGAAGUCUGGAGAAAAAGUCUUUACAUCAUCAGUUUUUUUGUUGCAUGAAUUUUAGUGUUUGAUAUAUAUAUAUAUAUAUCAUGAGGGUUUGCAGGCCAAAAUUCAUUAUUUCUAGUAGUUUAUCUUGAUGUUUGUCCCUUAAAUCAGUUUUGCUUGUCACUUUUCUUUCAGCCAAGUCUUAUAUUAUGUGUAAUUUAACAUUUCAGAGAAAAUUAAGUCAGAGAAAUAUUUCAUAGUUCUUCACCUUACUUAUUUUUCUUAUCUCCUUUUUGGAAAAGGAUAUGUAAUGGCCUGGUGCCACGUUAAAAAGCUGAAAUUGAGUUCAGGGAGAAUUGGAGGUCUCCCCUCGCCCCACCUUUUAGCUUAUUCAUCCUAUGCAAGAGGUAAACAUCCCUACUAGAUGAAGUCACUCCAGUAACUCUUGUACAAAAUGUGCUGGUAAUCCUUAUACCAGCUGUCAGAUGAGCCGAAGGAGCUAUUGAGUCCUUCAGUCUGAAUGAAUCACUGUUGAGAUGCGCUUGGAUUCUUUCAUGCUCAUUGUCUCCUAGUGACAUAGCUGCCGAAUAGUCCAUUCUGCUAUUGAUGGUGUUUUUGUUCCUUGAGAAAACUAAGGAAUCAGAAUGUUUAGAAUUCAUAAAACAUUUCUAAACAGUGUUGGCGCUUUCUUUUUUUUAUAAUGAUUCUCAAAAACUAGUCAAGAGUUCAGUUUCUUAAAAAGUUUUCACUAAAGGUUGUUCUUAUUGCUUCAUUGCCUAAAUUUGCUGGAAUUGGAACACUGCAGUUUGUGUCUGAAGAACUAAGGCUGAACACACUUGGCAGUGGCAAUGCUAUUUACUAGUUUGUAGCUUUUUUUUUUUUAAAUCAGGAUGGUUAUAAAUUAGAAAAAAUAUUCUUAUGAUCUACAUCAAUCCAAGAGGACUUAAAAACAUUUAGAGCAUAAUUAAAAUUAUUUUGUUUCCAUGAAUUAAGCAUGACUGCAUACUCUAUUGUCUGAACUAAUGAGAGAUAUAGCUUGCUUAAAAUCCAUAUAUGUGUAAAGUUAUAUUUUCUUAGAAACAUGGAUGUUUGCAACCACUGCUUUCAAAGAGAUCAUUGCCAUGUAUUGUUCCACAGUGUUCUCAUGAGGAAUAUGUUAUACCAGAGGCUUCUGAUGAUCACAGUGAUAACCGGUUUUAACUGCCCGUGCAAUUUAUGAACUAAUUAAAAAAACAUAAAAUGGAAUAAAAUGGAGUUUGCAAACUAAA